UUCUUCCCUCGACUUGCAGGGAUUGAUGGUGUUGGACUUGGACUGAUAAGGCAGCACAAUAAACUUGGAAAGAUUUUUGAUAUAUGGUGCUUGCAUAUUCCAGUACACGAUCGAACCACAUUUACAGAUCUAGUGAAGUUGGUUGAAAGAGCUGUAAGGUCUGAAAAUUUUCGUUCACCCGGUCGGCCUAUAUAUAUUGUUGGAGAAUCUCUUGGGGGAUGCAUUGCGCUAGCUGUUGCAGCUCGUAACCAUGAUAUUGAUCUUGUAUUAAUUUUGGCAAACCCAGCUACAUCAUUUGGCAGUUCAGUACUGCAAGCUCUUUCAGCUCUAUCAAAAGGCAUUCCAGACCUACUAAACUUUUCCAUUCCUUAUAUGCUCAGUUCAAUCACAGGUGCUCCUUUGAAAAUGGUGAUGACUAGCUGGGUGAAGGGACUUCCUCUGAGGCAAACAAUUGGAGAAUUAUUUGAGGAUUUGGUAACAGUUUCAUCAUACUCUUCUGUUCUGUCUAAUAUUUUACCGGUAGAAACACUAGAAUGGAAGCUACAGAUGCUUAAUUCGGCAUCCAUAUUUGCCAAUUCACAGCUUGAUCGCGUGAAAGCACAGACAUUGAUACUUUCCAGUGGAAAUGAUCAGUUGCUACCCAAUAAAGAGGAAGGAAAAAGGCUACGUCAAGUACUGGAAAAAUGUGAGAUCCGUAACUUCCGUGGUAGUGGUCAUUUUCUCUUCUUGGAGGAUGGUUUUGAUUUGGUGAGUGUUCUCAAGGGUGCUUAUUUUUACCGUCGUGGAACAAAAUUUGAUUAUGUUUCAGAUUUUAUGCCAGUGACCCACUCUGAAUUCAAUAAAUUUUAUGGGCGAACCAGAUUGCUUGAGAUUCUUACCGGAUCAGUGAUGUUCUCAACUUCAGAAGAUGGGAAGAUUAUGAAGGGUCUUAAUGGAAUCCCCUCAGAAGGACCCGUCCUAAUUGUUGGACAUCAUAUGUUACUGGGAUUUGACUUGGUUUCCUUGCCUGAUCGGUUUUUUGCUGAAAGAAAUAUUAUUCUGAGAGGAAUGGGACAUCCCUUUAUGUUUACAAGACUGAAAGAUGGACUGUUACCUGAUGUAUCAAGAUUGGAUUCACGGAGGAUGCAAGGUGGAGUUCCUGUAUCAGCAUAUAACCUCCAUAAACUUCUGUCAUCCAAUUCACAUGUCCUGCUCUAUCCAGGAGGCAUUCGUGAGGCCAUGCAUAGGAAGGGUGAAGAGUACACGUUAUUUUGGCCCAAAAAUCCUGAGUUUGUAAGGAUUGCAGCUAAAUUUGGCGCCACGAUAAUACCAUUUGGAGUUGUGGGAGCAGAUGAUGUUGCCCAAGUAUUUUUUGAUUACAAUGACCAAAUGAAGAUUCCUUUUUUUAGAUCUCUAAUAGAAAGUCUAACAAGUGAGGCAGUCAAAUUGAGGGCUGAUGCUGAUGGAGAAAUAGCUAAUCAAGAUCUGAAUAUACCUCUAUUUUUUCCAAAGAUUCCUGGCAGAUUUUACUAUUACUUUGGGACACCAAUUAAGACCAAAGGGAGAAUGACCGAAUUGAAAGACAAGGAGAAAUCUGGUGAACUGUAUGCACAAGUCAAGAAUGAGGUAGAAAGGUGCAUAGCUUUUUUGAAGGAGAAAAGAGAAUAUGAUCCUUACAGGGGUUUAUUAUCUCGCCUAAAAUAUCAAGUCAGCCAUGGCUUUGGAUCUGAAGUUCCCACAUUUGACAUUUGAGUCACACACGUACAAUGAAGUUGUAUUAUAAUUUGGUUCUUUCAAAUUAGAGUUGAUGAAACCAUUUUUAGAUUAACUCGAAAUUCAUAAUCUUCAGUUUUCCACUUUAAAUUAAGAAGUUUGGUAUAGAUUUCUUUCUACACACAUGGAAAUUUAGUAGCAUGUAAAAAUUCAAUAUUUUCAUUCCAAUGCUUUAUUUGUUCAAUGGAAACAAUAUGCUUUAGGUAAAUGUA